AUGACAGAUGCAAUAAAGCUCACAGAUAUGCUGCAACAGCGAACGAUAGAUUAUGAACGUCAACGUCAUUUGGCAAAUUGGUUAAUUGAAUCUAGUCCGCAUAUGCCGAAGCCUUCACAAUUUCAACAACCACAGCAUAAAAAGCAGAAAAAGAUUUUCACUAAUUCAAUUUUCCACGACUCGUUUUUCUUUCUCAGUAAGUUUGGAUCGACGCAAGCUCAAAGCACUGAACAAGAACAUCAAAUUAUUCAAUCGCCUGCACCAAUAACUUCAUCACAAGCCAUUGGACAAGCAUCAAUCCAACAACAACAGCAACAUCCACAACACACAAAUUUAUCGAAAUCAUCGACGGUAUUUACAUCGUCGCAAACCAACCUGCCAUUGCAAAUUGUUCAGUCGAGUCGUGAUGGUAACAAGGCGAAACUAAGGCGCUUUAAUUCGCAUGAUACCAGUGCAAAUAUGUUUUCGGUGGCAGACUUUGAGAAUGCUCGAUUGGCGAGACGCAACGAGCUGGAACUAGUCAGACAAAAGCAACGCUAUAAAAUGAACUCAUUGAGUUCGGGCUGUGAUUCAUCAACAGGCGAUAGUAAAGGAUCAAAGUUGAGUAAUGAGUCAAAGAGUGAACCAAUGUCAGCUGAGUCGUUUCUUGAUCGUUAUUCAUUGCCACGAAUAGCGCGUCUAAUUACAUCGAAAUCAUUUUGCGAUGAUCAACAUAAACAACAAUCACAACAUGGAAAUCAAUCAAAUUCGAUUCUUGGAAAGAGUAAAAAAUUGUCAUCAGCUAAUCAUCAUCAUCAUCACGUGCAUCAGCAAUCAUCAAUUAAUUCUAAUCAAACGACAGCGACCACCAACAUCAGCAACAGUAAUGAGAUGAACUGCUCGAAUGACAUUAAAUCAGAUAACAACAACAACGGAGAAUUGUUUCUGUUGUAUCGGCACUUGAAGAAGUAUAAAGUUUAUCAUGCGGUCAACGCCAAGAAUGGCACAAACAGGAAGAAAGGCAUUAAAAUACCUCAAGAUUUCACAGGUAAGUGUCGAAAUGUUCUCCACUCAUCUUAUCAUCACUCGAACGCUGCCCGCCUUUUAGUUGUACGCAUUGUAACGCUAACUUCUUGA